UUGGAAGAUGGCUGCGGUAGAGCGUCCGCCUGUGAAGGAGGCAGUACGGAUUGGGCUUCUGUGUUUAUGCUGGUAUACUGUCAGUUCUGGGGGGAACAUCAUUAACAAAAUAAUUCUGAAUGGAUUUCCAUAUCCUGUCACCGUCUCUCUCUUCCAUAUUCUGUCAAUUGUCAUCUUUCUUCCACCGUUGUUGCGUGCAUGGGGUGUUCCUAAAACUGAAGUAUCUGGCAGAUACUACCGAUGGUACAUUCUUCCCCUAGCUUUUGGAAAAUACUUUGCUUCUGUGUCGGCCCAUUUCAGCAUAUGGAAGGUACCUGUUUCAUACGCACACACUGUGAAGGCCACCAUGCCAAUAUGGGUUGUGUUGUUAUCAAGAUUAAUUAUGAAGGAGAAGCAAACCACGAAGGUCUAUGUGUCUCUUAUACCCAUCAUAGGUGGUGUCUUAUUAGCCACAGUCACUGAACUGUCUUUUGACCUGUCAGGAUUGGUUAGUGCCCUGGCAGCUACGCUUUGCUUCUCUUUACAAAACAUAUUCUCCAAAAAGGUCUUGCGUGACACAAGGAUCCAUCACCUCCAUCUUCUCAACAUCCUUGGCUUCAAUGCAGUAUUAUUCAUGCUGCCCACAUGGAUUUUAGUUGACCUGUCUGCAUUUCUGGUGGAUGGAGACUUGACAGAGGUUUCCAAUUGGACCGGAACAUUGGUGCUCCUCCUCAUCAGUGGCUUCUGCAACUUUGCGCAAAACAUGAUUGCCUUCAGUGUGUUAAACUUGGUCAGCCCCCUCAGUUACGCAGUUGCUAAUGCUACCAAGAGGAUAAUGGUUAUCAGUAUAUCAUUACUGAUGCUGAGAAACCCAGUCACCCUGUCUAACAUAUUGGGGAUGAUGACCGCUAUCUUGGGGGUCUUCCUGUACAACAAGGCAAAAUAUGAUGCCAAUCGGGAGUCCAAGAGGACGCUGCUGCCUGUGGCCUCACAGGACAGCAUUUCCUUCGAGAAGCCUGAGUCCAAUGGCUCGUUGUCCUACAAACAAGACUCGGACUUCCAGUAUGGCCGCAGCAAUGCUCUUGGCGACCAUUUUCAGUACAGCCGCCAAGCCUAUACGACAAGCCACGGCUCUGGACAAUAUGUCGUCUGAGCCACGAUACGGUUGGAUGAACCCGUUUAACUGUAAAAGGAGACUGUCUUUUGUGGGGGGACUGAAGUUCUGAGACCAGGGAGGAAAACAUUUCCUUUCACAUGCUCGUCACAGUUUUUCUGUGCCACGUCCUCAUAUUUAUUUCACCUGUUUGUGGUUGUUUUGUUUUGGGGUUAUUUUUGUUUUUUUAAAUCAUCGUGGAAACUCUUAUUACAAUUAUUACAGUUGCUUAGUUAAAAUCAAGAUUUUUGUUUUGCGCAAGAACUCAAGGUUUUAAUUCUAAUGUAUUCUGUCAUAAAACUAUGUAAAUUGAAGAUGCGAUUGUGGCUUUCAGAACCCUUGGGGGGGGGGG